UUCUGGUGGAUAUUAGUAUAUCGGCAUUCAGCAACAUAUCAAUCUCUCUCUCUCUCUCUCUCUCUCUCUCCAUCUAAAAUCAGCAAAUCCAGGAAGAAGCAACUCUACUCUCUGUCGAUUCGAUUCUUCUCGAAAUGGCAUUCCCUCACCUGAGACUGUCUGGGCCUUCUCUGCCUACAGAUCACCUGCCUUUGUCACCACUGUUAAGUAACUUGGUGUUCUGUGCUCAAUUUCGAGCAAGUAUGAAAAAGUCGAUUUACCAUGCCUCUUUUGGAAAGAAUGAAUCUCCUGCACUUGGCCUCACUAGUUUGGCGAGAACACAUGCUUACAGAGCUAUGGAUAUUUUAUAUACAGAAGAGACUUCUGACCUCUGGGAAUGCUUUGACCAAAAAAUUGGUAUUGAUUUAUAUGAGCAGCAAACUUUGACUGAUGAGGUUCAAUUUAGUCGUCAUUCCAACUCCAGAGGAAGCUCUACGGAUCUGGAAAAGAAAGAAAUUGAUAGAAGAAAAAAGAUUGGAAUUGCUAACAAAGGAAAAGUGCCGUGGAACAAAGGCAGGAAACACAGUGCAGAGACUCGAGAGAGGAUCAGACAGAGAACGAAAGAAGCCAUGAUGGACCCCAAGGUUAGAAGAAAGAUGUCUGAAUGUCCCCGAGCUCAUAGUGAACAGACCAAGGAAAAAAUAGGCUCUGCACUAAGACGACUUUGGGGAGAACGAUUGAAAUGGAAAAAGUCAAGGACAAAUUUUUUGUUAUCAUGGGCUGAAUCAAUUGCAGAAGCUGCCAGGAAAGGUGGGAGUGACCAACACGAGCUAGAUUGGGAUAGCUAUGACAGGAUAAAAGAAGAAAUAGCUCUCCAACAGUUUCAAUGGGCUGCAGAGAGAGAAAAGGCAAAGGAACUGGCAAAAAUACGAGCUGCUCAGGUGAAAGCAGAAAAGAUGGCAAGACUUGCUGAGAGAAGAAAAGAGCAGGAAACAAAAGCAAAAGCAAAAGGAGAAAUGAAUAGAAAGACACAUAGAAAAUCAAAGGAAGAGAGGGAAGUGUUAGCUGUUGCUCAAGGGUUAAAACUCAAGGAGAAACUAACAAAGAUUCAUAAAAGAAAGUCAUCAACAAAUGGUCAAAUUACUAGUGAAGAUCAAAGAGCUUGGGAGAAAAUAGAUUUGGAUUUUAUAAAGAUAGAGCGAGCACGAAGAGAAGUUUCACUCGCAGAUCAAAUUCAAGCUGCCAAGUCCAAAAGAUUAGAAGCGGGUAAGAGAAGUUUGCCAACUUCAUCAUCUCCUCGCUCAAACAGUGAGGAAACUGCAGAGUGAACUUGGAUUGCCAUUAUCAUAGUGGCUGCAACACAAAAUCAACGAUGCAUGGAGAGCAAGGCAUGCGGAAGAGAGAAAAUCAGGCAACUCAUUGUACCACAAGGCCCAUUUUCAAUAGGCGGCAUAAUGGAAAUUUCCAAGACAUACUUAAAGUGCAGCGAGUUCUUCCUAUCAUUUUCAAAUAGAACAGUUACUUCGCUCUCAAUACGACACAUAAUGGACAUUUCCAGAAGACAUACUUGAAGUGCAGCAAGUUCUUCCUAUCAUUUUCAAAUAGAACAGUUAGUGAGAACCAUGGUUGCUUCUUGUCUGGUUGAUGUGUCUGUGUGAGGGAGAGGGAGGUCUUGGGGUAUUACGUCUUAUUAGUUGUAUUGGAACAAAACGUAAGCUCGUGACUCGUGAUUCCAAUCAAGUUAUUGUAUUGCUGCGUACUAGUUCACAGUUAAUAUGACUUUUGAGCAAUGAUAUUCUUAA